GGGGCGUGUCUUAAGCCGUUGGACGGAAUCGCCCUCUGGCCCCUCCCUCCUCCCAGCCGCCGAGAGAGAGAGAGAGAGCGAUCAUGGCGUCUGUAGCGGACACUCGGUUGUACGAUCUGCUCGGCGUGACGCCUACCGCCAACGAAGGCGACCUCAAGAAGGCGUACAGAAAGCUCGCCAAAGAAUACCACCCGGACAAGAAUCCUGAAGCUGGAGACAAGUUCAAGGAAAUCAGCUUCGCAUACGAGGUGCUCUCGAACCCGGAGAAGCGGGACCUGUACGACCGGCAUGGCGAGAAGGGACUGCGCGAGGGUGGCGGGGGCCCUGGCAUGGACGACAUUUUCUCGCACAUAUUCGGCGGCGGCCUCUUCGGCGGAUUCAUGGGGGGUGGCGGCGGCCGCGGGGGCCACCCGGGCGCGGGUCGCAGGAGGCGUGGGGAAGACAUGAUGCACCCGCUCAAGGUGUCCCUGGAGGAUCUCUACAAUGGGAAGACAACCAAACUCCAGCUGAGCAAAAACGUCAUCUGCAGCGGCUGCAGCGGCAAAGGCGGCAAGGCUGGUGCUGUGGAGGUCUGCUCCAGCUGCAAGGGCCGAGGGAUCCGCGUGAUGGUGCGGCAGCUGGCGCCCGGGAUGGUGCAGCAAAUGCAGACCAUGUGCCACGACUGCCACGGGGAGGGCCAGGUAAUAAACGAACGCGACCGGUGCAAGGCGUGCGAGGGCAAAAAGGUGGUGAAGGAGGUGAAGAUCCUCGAGGUGCACGUGGACAAGGGCAUGCGGCACGGCCAGAAGAUCGCCUUCCGGGGCGAGGGUGACCAGGCGCCGGACCUGGAGCCCGGCGACAUCGUGCUGGUGCUGCAGGAGAAGGACCAUGAGGUGUUCCAGAGAGACGGCAACGACCUGCACAUGAUGAAGAAGAUCGGUCUGGCAGAGGCGCUGUGCGGGGUGCGCUUCACGCUGGCGCACCUCGACGGGCGGCAGAUCCUCGUCACCUACCCCCCGGGGAACGUCAUCCAGCCAGGCUGCAUUCGUGGAAUCGUUGGGGAGGGAAUGCCCCACUACCGCAACCCUUUCGAGAAGGGAAACCUCUACAUAAAGUUUGACGUGGAGUUCCCCGACAAGAAUUGGAUCGAUGGCGAAAAACUGGAGCUCCUGGAGAAGCUGCUGCCCGAGCGACCCACGCUGCCGCGCCCCACGAGUGGCGACUUCGAGGAGGUGGACCUCCACGAGCUGGAGGCGACGCGCGGAGGGGCCGGCGCCGGGGGUCCCGGCGGCCGGCGGGAGGCCUACGAGGACGGCUCGGACGACGAGGGCGGCUACCAGCAGGGCCCCGGCGUGCAGUGCGCGCACCAGUGACGGGCCACGCGUGCGCGCGCCAUGAGCGGUUGCGUGCGCUUUGAUGAUUGUCACCCAUGUGCGUGCGUGAAUGCUUUGGCGCUCGUUGCCCCGCGCGUGUGUGUGCGCGCGGUUGCACACGCGUGCAUAGCUUUGUUGGUGCGUUCCUACUGCUAGGCCCAUGUGCAUUUUGUCGCUCGGGCCCACCGCAUUCUGUCGCGCAUGGACGUGGAGGUACGCGCAGGCACGCGCGCGUUUGAGCCGGGUUUUUUUUCGUUGUCUCGUGUGAAGUUUUUUUUCUGUUUUGUCCGGGCAAUGGCGCUCGGGGGAGCCCUUCUAACCGCGAAGCGCGCACGCACGCGCACGCAAGUGCGGUAGGGUUGAAAUAUCGACCCGCGCGUGUAGCUAAUGCUCCCCCACCCCCCUCUUCACCCCACACCCUCUUCCUCAAUAAGUACACUUGCUUGUUAUUAAUUUUGUUAAAUCCCUAAAAGCAUCGUCGCAGCCCAGUUUUCUCUGCAUUGUUUUGUUCGACUAGGCCAAUUCCCCUUUCGUUUGAUUCUGUAUGUGUGCUUGCGCACGCGUGUUCGUUGCAGUGAUAUGUACAGUGUUAAGGAGCCUUGCUUAACCAGCCCCCCGCGGCUUGCACGAUUGGUAAACUAAGUUGGGUGCGUCACUCUCCAUGGGACGCCACCGCAAGCGACCGUUCAGGUCUGUCAUCUUCAGAGAUGGUCUCAACGCGAGUACAUUCAACACCCGUUAUCUUGUGGCGGCAGUGUUUAUCCUUGCCUGUCUUUGGUGCAAAUUGUUUCUGUUUCGCCACACGCCUGUUUUUGUGUGUUGUGUGUUGGGCUUGUUCGCGUUGAUUUGGCUCCGCUGUGAUUUAGUUGUUGGCGCAGCCUUGUCGUUUGUAUACUUGCUGUGGGUUAAAGAUUAACGGACGAGCGGACCGGGGGAAAAACUCCCGUGCGCAGAAGAACUGUUGAGAAAGGUGGUUGGCGUCACUUUGCACCUCACUGUGCCGUCAGUACGUUGAAAGGUGGUAACCUGCCACCCCCCCCCCCCCCCCGCGGUUUGCGCGUGUGAUGCGGCGUGGAAACGGGAUCACUCUAGGGGUGGGUAGGGGUGGCGCGCGGGAGCAGCUUGUACGGACGUUUGUCCAACGCCGAUCAAUUGGGAGCACGCGUGAUGGAAGCAGAAACUAAAUUGUACAAAAUUGCAAGUGGAGGAGAUGCUUCGUGCACUCGCGGUCGUUUUAUUUGUUAGUCAUUGGUCAGCAACUUGUCGUAAUUUAUCAUGCUUGCUUGAACCCAUGGGGAUAGCAAAUAGUUGGCCUCCCUCUCCACUGCUUACUAGUUUAUUGCUUUUAUCAUCGUGUAAUCGCAUGUUAAUAAUUUAAUUAUUUCACGCAAAGUUGCGUAAGUGGUGUAAAAACAAAACGUUGAGUAUAGGCAAGUGUGCUUUGGCGGUAACGAGACCCACACGUACAGUCGCGCGGCAAGCACCGGUGGGGUUUAAAUAGUGCCACGAAUAUUACCCAUACCCCCCAAAGUGCGUGUAACCCCUAAUCAGUUCUAAUUUAUUACUGUAUCUCGGCUAACAUGAAUAGGCAACGCCGCUUCGGGUCCUCCCCCCCCCCCCCCCCCCCAGCAUUUUCUGCGCCACAUUUAUUUUGGAGUGUAACCGGUCAGCAAUUUGGCUUGGCGAACAGCUGUGCUUGCUAUCGCGUGCCAGCGCCCGGGAUGUUCUGUACCAGCGAACGACGGAUCGUGAAGAAAACCUGACCAAUGCAUCCGGGCCUUGUGGUGUCGUUUGGGUUGGUGAUGUGUGAGAGUUUGACACUGAUGUGAUGACAAUGGUAUUGGUGGCAAGGGGGCCACCUCUGUCCUCUCUACCCCCCACCCCGUUUCUGUCGCCAAUGCUUUGCGUUUAACGUCUAAUCAUAAAUACAUUGUGUCGUGCCUAUUUAACUCGCACGGUAUGCGUUUGGCUGCACCUCUAAGACGGACCCAUUUCAUUUAGGGUGGCACCCUGUCAAAAUAAAAGCCCCCACCCCCUCGUGAAUGUCACAACAGUGUCAAAACAAAUUCAAGUUUCCUGCCACUAACCCAAAGGUUUAUUCCUGUUGUAUCUCAUCUACAGUCGUUAAAGUCUGAUUGGCAGUUGCAAUAUUUUCAUGUAGUUCUCUAAUACGUUUAUGCUAUAGUAUAUAUUGUUUUGCCAUUCUUUCCCUGCCCAGGACGGUUUCCCCACAGGUAAUGAGUAUGGUCACGGGAACUCCUAUUUUUGACAGUGAAGCCUUGUAGCAUCGUGCGUGGUCUGUAUCCGAUUGAGCCCAAUUGUAUAUGCUCCAUCGUGCCCAUGGUUUUUCUUUUGUUCACACUGUGAUGGAAAACAAGAUGGUUUUUCUUUCUUUCUCAAUAAACACGUAACUGAACAUUA